AUUUCGGACAGUUGGAUAUGUGUUGUUGGAUUCCGGAUACUGUCAUUAUUCUGUCAGCACUUUUCUUAGCAGUUAUUGAUGUGGCUGAUUUGUCGCCAGAAAAGCGCCUGAUAAAAACCCUGUUAGCCGAUUAUGAGGAGCGCGGGAAAAUGGGUCGCCCGGUGGAGCAUUUUAACGAUACUCUCGUGGUCAAUUACGGCCUCAGCCUCAUACAGAUACUGGACCUAGAUGAGCGCAACCAGGUCCUAAGUACCAACGUCUGGGCUACUUACACUUGGAGGGAUAUCUACAUGCAAUGGGACCCGGAGAAGUACAGCAACAUCACCAAGAUCCGCGUGCCCAGCGGCAGUAUCUGGCAACCCGACAUAAAGCUGUACAAUUAUGCGGACGAACGGAGGGAGGAGAAGCGAGACGCAUUAUUCGUGGUGGAAUCGGACGGUUCGGUACUCUGGAUCCCACAAGCUAUUUUCAAAAGCUCUUGUGCAAUAGACAUAAUGCAUUUCCCCUUUGAUGUACAGAUAUGCAAGAUGAAGUUUGGUUCCUGGACGUAUGAUGGCAGUAAGAUCGACCUGUCGUUUGUGUACACGACAGAAUCUGGCUUCGAUAUGACUGAUUAUGUCAAAAGUAAUGAAUGGGACAUUAAAACGUCCUACUCCAAAAAGAACGUUAUCCGCUAUGCAUGUUGUCCAGAGCCUUACGUCGACCUGACAUUCAUGCUGGAGAUCCGACGGAAGCCCGCCUUCUACAACUACAUACUCAUUCUGCCGUGUAUUCUGCUCUCCUCCCUUACAUUGGUGCUCUUCUGGCUUCCUCCAGAGUCCCCGGCCAAAAUGCAGUUAGGUAUGAACAUAUUCGUGGCGUUCUUUGUGCUGCUGUUGUUAUUGGCGGAGUCUACGCCACCAGCCGCUUCCUCCAUCCCCCUCAUUGGUGCUUACUACUGUUUGAACAUGGUCUUGAUCACGCUAUCCACCUUCUUGUCUGUCAUCGUGGUGAACCUCUACUUCCGGGGCUCACGUACCGAGGUCCCCCGCAUUAUUAAAAAGGUGUUCGUGGAGAUUUUAGCGUGUUUAAUGUGUAUGAAAGAGCAGAUUCGAGAAAAACCCAAGUUGAAAAAUCAGGGCCAAGUGAUAAAUAAAGACAAAAAUUGCAAAUAUGACAAAGUGGGUUACUUUGAGAUGCAGACAGAAGAGAGUUGGAAAUGCCUUUCAAAUGGUACGUCCAGUUUGAAUAAUGACCCCGAAUCUCAACCACAGACGGCACUGCAAAGUACGAUCAGUGGUCUGGAAGCGGACGUGCGCGAAAUCAAGGUGCAUCUGCGGCAGCUAUUCGAACGUACUGUACAGCGGGAACUGAAGGAGAAGACCGCCAAGGAAUGGAGGGUCGUCGCUCUCGUCCUCGACAGACUCUUCUUCUUCGUCUACCUAACGGCCAUUGUUGUGUCAAUUAUAACGACAAUGUAUAACAUCCAAACCGGAGGGACAGAGCACAUCCGGAGUGUACACAAUAUAAACUGACUGGUCCUUGGUUGUGGAUAUCGAUGGUGAUGGGCAUUUUCGCGAUCUAGGUGGUGACAGGAAUGUGCAUGUAGCUUUGGUGAUGAGGACAUAUAAUUUCGUUUCUUUAGAUAGAAAUAUGACUUGUGAGU